AUGAGGCUGAUGUGAAAAAAAUGUGGUUAGACAAGGCCCGCAAAAGGUACAGUGACAACAUGAGCGAGUAUAAGAGACAUCUCAAAGAGAAGACCGAGGCAGGGGAGAUGAUGGAGACACCGCUGGGCAUGUCCGACACCUUUUGGACGGGACUCAAGGCAUAAUGGGAUCAAGAUGAGGUUAAGGUCGUUUCUAUGCGCGCACGUGAGAACCGAUACUCUAAGCCCGAUGGAGUUGGUACAGGGAUCAGUCGGCACGUUGGAGGGUCUCAGUCGAGUCGUAUUCUGCAGCAGAGUCUGCUCGUGGAUGGUGAAGUCCCCCCAACUGCAUCUAACUACAGCACUUUCCUCCGCCUACACAUGUACGCAGAUGGAACUUUUGUGUCAGAAAAGGAUGUCAACCUUGAUGCGGAGAUUCGUCGCGUUGCUGUUGAGACAGGACGAGAGGACCGACUCGAUGAGGUCUACUUGGAGCUCGUACGUCCCAGUAGGUCACGACUGUACGGCACUGGAAGUGCCGGUGUGAGCCAGUUUAGUAGGGGGUCUACUAACAGUACAGGCUCUUCCCAGAUGUCUCAGCGGAUGUAUGAGACUCGGAUCUCCACACUGGAGGAGCGUCUCCAAAGGGCUGAGGAGGAUAGGGCGGCCCAAGAAGCAGCACGUGAGGCCGAACGAGCCGCACGUGAGGCCGAACGAGCAGCACGUGAGGCCCUUGAGGAGCGGAUGACAUACUUCGAGGAGAUACUGAGGCAGUCGGGUCAGCUACCUUGAGCAUCACUU